AGCUGGUAGUUGGCGGUGUUUCGCGUGGUGUGGCAUCACUGGCGGAUCCGGGGGGGGGGGGGGGGUAGCACGGGAGCCUGAGGUGCCCCUGACAGGCCCGUGGUGCCCUUGCUAGGCCUGUGGUGCCCCUGGACCCUGGCAGGCCUGUGGAGCCUCUGGCGGGCCUAGGGUGCCCCUGCUAGGCUGCUGAUGCCCCUGGGACCUGACAGGACUGUGGUGCCCCUGACAAGCCUUAAGUGCCCCCAACAGGCCCGUGAUGCCCCCGACAGGCCCAAGGUGCCCCUGCGGCCUGCGUGAUGCCGUGAUGCCUGCGAGGCCGGUGGUGCCCCUGCGAGGCCGGUGGUGCCACUGCGAGGCCGGUGGGGCCCCUGACAAGCCCAUGGUGCCCCUGCGAGGCCGGUGGUGCCCCUGCUAGACCGGUGGUACCCCUGGCAGGCCUGUGGUGCCCCUGCUAGGCCGCUGGUGCCCCUGGGCCCUGACAGGACUGUGAUGCCCCUGACAGGCCCAAGGUGCCCCUGUAAGGCCGGUGGUGCCCCUGUAAGGCCUGUGGUAUCCCUACUAGGUCUCUGGUGCCCCUUUGACAGGCCCAUGGUGCCCCUGCGAGGCCGGCGGCGCCCCUGGCAGGUCUCUGGUGUCCCUGACAGACCUGGGGUGCCCCUGACAAGCCUGUGGGGCCCCUCACAGGCCCGUGGUGCCCUUGCUACUUGCUAGGCCUGUGGUGCCCCUGGCGGGCUGGUGGUGCCCCUGCUAGGCCGGUGGUGCCCCUGACACGCCUGUGGUGCCUCCGGGCACCAAGGGGGGUCAUGACCCAUGUGGCCCCCCUUGGAUCUGCCACUGAUACAUAAUAUAUUGAUUUGUAAAGGCGUUAUGGCUUAUGCAAUAUGCAAUUGCAGGCACUUGGUAUGCCUCACUUAUCCCUUAUUGGGGGCUCUGGCGGGCUCCUGAGGGCCCACGUCUAUCUCCGGGAGCCCUUGACAGGCUCCUUUGGGUCCUUUCAGUCCACUAUAGCAUAAGAGGUCUCCAUGCGAGUCCUAUACAUCUGAGGGCGUACCCUGACGUCUGAGGUACCCAACUGCAGCUCCAAUGGUCUCUUACACUGGCGGAUCCAGGGAGGGGGCAUUUAGGGCCAUGCCACCUUCCCAGAGGUCUAAAGUGGCCCGUUUGCCCCCUCCCACAAACGGUACCUAAUGAAACAUAGUUCAAUCAGUGCGUGGCCUAGGAGCCGAGUUAGACAGGGGGUGUUUUACCACCUCCCGGCCCGCAAAGGGACCCAAGCACUGACUCGAAGCGGGUUAACUGGUCGACAAAAGCAAUGUAACCAGCCACCGAUCCAGCGAUGGCACAGCUCCUGAACCGUAUCGGCCAACUGGGCGUCGGCCUGGCCAUCACUGGUGGCGUCAUCAACUCGGCCCUCUAUAACGUGGACGCCGGACACCGGGCCGUCAUCUUCGACCGCUUCGCCGGCGUCAAGAACGCGGUGGUCGGCGAGGGCACCCACUUCUUCAUCCCGUGGGUGCAGCGGCCCAUCAUGUUCGACAUCCGCGCGCGGCCGCGGAACGUGCCCGUGGUGACGGGCAGCAAGGACCUGCAGAACGUCAGCAUCACUCUGCGCGUGCUGUUCCGACCGGUGGCCACGGCACUGCCCAACAUCUACACCACGCUCGGACAGGACUACGACGAGCGCGUGCUGCCCUCCAUCACCAACGAGGUGCUGAAGGCGGUGGUGGCCCGCUACGACGCCAGCGAGAUGAUCACGCAGCGCGAGGUGGUCUCGCAGACGGUCUCCGAGGAGCUGACGGAGCGCGCGCGUCAGUUCGGCCUGCUGCUGGACGACAUCUCGAUCACGCACCUGACGUUCGGCCGCGAGUUCACGCAGGCUGUCGAGAUGAAGCAGGUGGCGCAACAGGAGGCAGAGAAGGCCCGAUUCGUGGUGGAGAAGGCGGAGCAGCAGAAGCGGGCGGCCAUCACCUCGGCCGAGGGAGACAAGGUGGCCGCCGAGCUGCUCUCGGCCGCGUUCGCGCGCGCCGGUAACGGUCUGAUCGAGCUGCGACGGAUCGAAGCGGCCGAGGACAUCGCCUACCAGAUGUCUCAGAGCCGGAACGUGGUGUACCUGCCGCAGAACCAGACCACGCUGCUCAACCUGGGCGCCGUCUGAGGUGGGCGCUGACGGGGGAGAGGGAGGGGAGACAACAGGAUGGGGCGGGCCAAGGAUGGAUGUUGCUAGCCUGAGAGGGAUCUGACGAUAGGUUGGUGCGUUCAUCGGCGCGCCGGUUGGGGGAUGAGGUCCAACAGAAGGCCAGGGACCGGUAUAGCGACUGGUGGAGACUCCGCGGCUGUCUGCUGUCCGUUGUGACGAGACUCCGUCGGCUGUCCGCUGUCCUGUCUGACGACUCCGCCGGACGCCGCCAAUUGUCCGAGCUGUCCGAGGCCGUCUUUUGUUCGACGUGACGGUGACUUCCUGCCUGCCGGGGUCGUCAAUAGGGAUUCCUUCUCAGAGAUGUUCGUACCACGGUGCUGAAGACCAUGCUGUUGGAUAUGUGAUUAGUUCUGAUAUCGUGUCGUGCGCGGCUCUUGUCAUCAGGAUUGUCCUAUUAAUGUUCCACUGAUGCAAUACAAGCCUAGAGUGAUUAUA